AUGACAAGUAAUGAAAAGCUUGGAUAUCACUCUCAAAAUGAAGACAAUACUAGAUCUGAUCCAAGCACUUCCAAUACAGAUGAUUCCGUAGUACACCAUGAAAGUACCAGAUAUUAUUUGCCAAAAAUAUUGGAGCCAUCAAUUUUUGGGUUUCAACCUACUAGCGAUAUUACAAAAGUAGUAGGUGACUUCCUAUAUAAUCAUAUUGGCAAAGAAAACGUAGAGAUAGAAGCUAAAUUGGGUAUACUUGUAAAUAAAAACAUGCAAACGCGAGUGAAUUUACCUGUUAUAAGUGAAACUGUUAUUAGUCCUUAUGAUGAUGGAUGGUUCACUUUUCAGAGUAACAUGACAACUGCUCAACAUCGCAAUUUCAACAAUCUAUUAAAUGAACGUGUGAUUCAAACAAAACCACCUUAUAAAGGUGGCUCAGUAGAAUACAAACAUCUUUAUGAAACUGAUAGAUUUUACUCUGGAACUGGAGCCGGAAAAGUCAGAGUCACUAUAGACCAAAAGACUAAUAAGAUUAUUGAUGGCGGAAUUAUUAAAAAAACAAACGUUGCACAUCUAAAUAUUUAUUCCCCUAAUACUCACCUUGAUUAUCGUAUCUCCAUAAACAUCGAAAAACCAAACAGACUAUCUUAUAUCCAUCAAUUAUUUAAAAUCGAUCUAACUCAGAAACAAAAAUUACCUGAUGGUACCCAACCAUCUCCGGAUUUGACUCAUGAACUCGAAGUAGAAUUUCUGAAUCCACGAAUCUUGCUUGAGGAAAGACUUAAGAUUGAGAAACAGCAGAGUAAUCGUUAUUUAGAUAUAAUUGAAGUUUUUCUAAAUAAUAUAAGAGUGCUAGCAAAAAGGUCAUUACCGCCACAGUAA